AGGUGACUUGACUUGACUUGACUUGACUUGCGCCUCAGGAAGGGGAAGCAGUGCCCUGCCAACACUGUUUACAGUGGAAGUGGGCAAAGACUAUCGGUCGGCCUCGAGGAGAUUCUGGCAAACCAUCCGGCGCCUCAGGAAGGGGAAGCAGUGCCCUGCCAACACUGUUUACAGUGGAAGUGGGCAGCUGUUGACCUCAACUGGGGAUAUCGUCUGACGGUGGAAGGAAUACUUCGAGGAUCUCCUCAACCCCACCGACACGUCUUCCUCUGAGAAAGCAGAGGCCGAGGGCUCAGAGGUGGAUUCGUCCAUCACCCAAGCUGAAGUCACCGAGGUAGUUCAGAAGCUUCUCGGUGGCAAGGCACCGGGGGUGGAUGAGAUCCGCCCUGAGUACCUUAAGUCUCUGGAUGUUGCAGGGCUGUCUUGGUUGACACGCCUCUGCAACAUCACGUGGCAGUUGUUGGACUGGCAGACCGGGGUGGUAAUCCCUCUUUAUAAGAAGGGGGAUCGGAGGGUGUGUUCCAACUACAGGGGGAUCACACUCCUCAGCCUCCCUGGAAAAGUCUAUGCCAGGGUACUGGAGAGGAGAAUUCAGCCGAUUGUCGAACAUCGGAUCCAGGAGGAACAAUGCGGUUUUCGUCCCGGUCGUGGAACACUGGACCAGCUCUAUACCCUCUUCAGGGUGCUGGAGGGUUCAUGGGAGUUUGCCCAACCAGUCCACAUGUGCUUUGUGGAUUUGGAGAAAGCAUUCGACCGUAGGAUUUUGUCACUGCUUUUUGCAGAUGAUGUUGUCCUGUUGGCUCCAUCAAACCAGGACCUUCAGCGUGCAUGGGAACUGGCUGGGAUGAGAAUCAGCACCUCCAAGUCCGAGGCCAUGGUUCUCAGCCGGAAAAGGGUGGCUUGCCCCCUUCAGGUUGGUGGAGUAGUCCUCCCUCAAGUGGAGGAGUUUAAGUAUCUUGGGGUCUUGUUCAUGAGUGAGGAAAGGACGGAACGGGAGAUUGACAGGCGGAUCGGUGGAGCUUCUGCAGUAAUGCGGUCGAUGUACCUGUCCGUCGUGGUGAAGAAGGAGCUGAGCCGUGAGGCGAAGCUCUCGAUUUACUGGUCAAUCUACAUUCCAACUCUCACCUAUGGUCAUGAGCUUUGGGUCAUGACCGAAAGAAUGAGAUCCCGGAUACAGGCGGUCGAAAUGAGCUUCCUCCGUAGGGUGGCUGGGCGCUCCCUUAGAGAUAGGGUGAGGAGCUCGGUCACUCAGGAGGAGCUCAGAGUAGAGCCGCUGCUCCUCCACAUUGAGAGGAGCCAGCUGAGGUGGCUCGGGCAUCUGUUCCGGAUGCCUCCUGGACGCCUCCCUGGGGAGGUGUUCCGGGCAUGUCCCACCGGGAGGAGGCCCCAGGGAAGACCUAGGGCACGCUGGAGGGACUAUGUCUCUCGGCUGGCCUGGGAACGCCUUGGAAUUCCCCCGGAAGAGCUGGAGGAAGUGUCUGGAGAGAGGGAAGUCUGAGCGUCUCUGCUUAGACUGCUGCCCCCGCGACCCGGCCCCGGAUAAGUGGAAAAAAAUGAAUGAAUGAAUGAAUCUUACUGGCUGGCCUCCAUUACACACACAUUCCAUUAUAUAUAAAAUCCCUUCAGUUUCC